CUUGGGUAGAACGUACAACGGACGUUCUUCUGAAAAAAACCACAUUACUCAAUAUGGCGGAGGAAGUUAUGGAUGAUAUUGAAUUUACCACUUCAGAAGAUGUGAAAGCAGCUUCUUCUUUUGAAGAAAUGAAUCUGAAAGAGGAUCUGUUACGUGGUAUUUAUGCUUAUGGGUAUGAAGUUCCUAGUGCUGUUCAAAGCCGUGCAAUUACUCAGAUUUGUAAAGGGCGAGACGUAAUCGCCCAGGCACAAUCUGGUACUGGUAAGACAGCUACAUUUUCAAUCGGUAUUCUUCAAUCUAUCGACCUCUCUGUGCGAGAUACGCAAGCUUUAAUUCUUUCACCAACUCGAGAAUUGGCCGUUCAAAUCCAAAACGUCGUGCUUGCUUUAGGUGACCAUAUGAAUAUCCAAUGUCAUGCCUGCAUCGGUGGAACAUCCGUAGGCAACGACAUAAAAAAAUUAGAUUACGGUCAGCAUGUAGUUUCAGGAACUCCCGGUCGUGUAACCGAUAUGAUUCGUAGAAGGAAUCUCAGAACUCGAAAUGUCAAAAUGCUUAUCCUUGAUGAAGCCGACGAGCUCUUAAAUCAAGGUUUUAAGGAACAAAUCUACGACAUCUACCGUUACCUUCCUCCAGGUACACAAGUUGUCGUAGUAAGUGCUACUCUACCACAAGACGUCCUAGAAAUGACAAGUAAAUUUACUUCAGAUCCUGUUCGCAUUCUCGUGAAAAGAGACGAACUGACUCUAGAAGGCUUAAAACAGUACUUUAUCGCUGUCGAAAAGGAAGAGUGGAAAUUUGAUACCCUUUGCGAUUUGUAUGAUACGUUAACAAUCACCCAGGCUGUCAUUUUCUGUAACUCCAGGAGAAAGGUAGAUUGGCUUGCUGAGAAAAUGCGAGAAGCAAAUUUCACUGUUGCUAGCAUGCAUGGUGAAAUGCCGCAAAAGGAACGAGAUACUAUUAUGCAAGACUUUCGACAAGGAAAUAGCCGGGUCUUGCUGUGCACGGAUAUAUGGGCUCGUGGAAUUGAUGUUCAACAGGUAUCUCUCGUAAUUAACUACGAUCUUCCAACAAAUCGUGAAAAUUACAUUCACAGAAUUGGCCGUAGUGGUAGAUUUGGCCGCAAAGGUGUAGCUAUUAAUUUUGUCACAAAUGAAGAUGUUCGUAUUCUGCGGGACAUCGAGCAAUAUUACUCGACGGUUAUCGAUGAAAUGCCCAUGAACAUAGGUGACAUGGUAUAAAGAAUGCAACCUGGUUAGGAUUGGAUACAUUUGUUUUCUUCAAAAAUAGGCUAGGCUGUCUAAGACAAGAAAAUGAGAAAAGAAGACAUUUUGCUUGCUUGCAUAUAUACAGUUUUUGUUUCAGAAGUGAUUUGGUUUUGGUUAAUAUUAGAUUCAAAAUACCUGUUUCUUUCGGCACAAAAAAAAGGAUACUGUCUUUUUUUUUUAGUUAAAGGCUUAAUUUAUUAUUAUUAACCGACACAAACACCUGUAAUUUCAUCAAAUAACA